AGUCACUUGUACCAGACAUCAUCAACUAAUGGAGUGGCGUGCCCUUAUAGUCCUGGUGGUGUUGGCCGUCCACGUCGGCGCUGAUAUACGUCCUGGCCAAGACGGUCACGGAAUCCGUCAAUAUGGUACUGGUGGCGGCUUCAACGGCGGUGGAAUACGUGAUCUGGGGCCAGGUGGCGGCUUCAACGGCGGUGGAAUCCGUGACCUAGGCACAGGUGGAGGCUUCAACGGCGGUGGAAUCCGUGACCUAGGCACAGGUGGAGGCUUCAACGGCGGUGGAAUCCGUGACCUAGGCACAGGUGGAGGCUUCAAUGGCGGUGGAAUCCGUCAAUAUGGUACAGAUGGAGGCUUCAAUGGCGGUGGAAUCCCUGACCUAGGACCAGGUGGAGGCUUCAACGGUGGUGGAAUCCGUGACCUAGGCGCAGGUGGAGGCUUCAACGGCGGUGGAAUCCGUGAUCUGGGGCCAGGUGGAGGCUUCAACGGUGGUGGAAUCCGUGACCUAGGCGCAGGUGGAGGCUUCAAUGGCGGUGGAAUCCGUGACCUAGGACCAGGCGGAGGCUUCAACGGUGGUGGAAUCCGUGACCUAGGCGCAGGUGGAGGCUUCAACGGUGGUGGAAUCCGUCAGUAUGGUUAGAACAUGUACAGGUGGAGGACCUGCCUGCUGGAGGACUGCUGCCGACGACGUGAAGCUCUCGGCCAUGAGACAACUUAAGAUCACGACAUAAUCUUAUCAUCACACCACGUCGUCUUCAAUGAUAACAAAUUUUACUUCAACUGUUUGAAUGUAAUUUUUCCCUCACAUGAAUUGUUAAAAUUUGUAAGUUUUUUACUUAAUAACUGAAAUAAAUUAUAUAAUUUA